AUGGCCUCUAAAUUCAGUCUACAUCUGCUCUCUGCAGCGAUGCUGGCGGCAGCUCUGCUGCUGUGUGGCUCCGCUCCGCUGGAAGAUGGACCCACCGACGGUUCGUCAGGUGACUUCUCAGGUGAGAGAGAGGAGGAGUUUGAGGAGGAAUUCGGCGGUAUUGUGGACUAUAGGUCUCUGGAGAACUAUAAACGACCCUCCUUCCCACGUCGAUGCCCCAAGUCCAACGUCAGCAGGGAGGCCUGUUUCAAGAAGUUGACCAAGGGUCUGCUCGUCUACACGGUUCUCCUGAAGCACACGGAGAAGGAAUACCCCAACAACUUGAUCCUGCCUAAGAUCAGGGCAGAGAUUCCACAGCUGAUCCUACUGAUCAAAGGAAGGAUGAAAAACGGUGAAGCGGUCACGGCGCUGACCAGCAGCCAGGAGGAGACCCUGCUGAAGGAGCUCGACAGCCCCGAUACUUUCAGAAGAAGGAUGACGGCCCACAGCGUCCUGUACUUCCUCCGCCCCUUCCUCAUUGACGGCUUACGGUCCUUUCGUAAAUGGCAACCUAGAAACGCGACCCAAACGAAUGUGACCGGCGCAAACUGUCUCAAAGGGCCAAAUAAAGUAAAAGCAGGUUAA